UAGUUUUGUUGAUUUUAUUUGUUUUUUAUUUUUUAUUUUUUUUAUCAAAAUGGAGGUUAUUGAAGAUGGGAAUAUUAUGGACAGGAUCCCUAUUUUAUUACAGAGGGAUUUUGAAUAUUAUCAGAAAAAUCAAACUGUGUUAUCGGAGACAAUUUGUCAGGGAGUGGUUGGCGGGAGGCUGGAUUUCCCGAGAAAUGCAUCAUUUGCUGCUGUGAAAAUUGUAAUCUGGUUGGAAGAAGAGUUCUCUAUUGCUUUCCAACAUGGAUCAGGAAUGUUUGUGGUCACAGAAGAUGUUGAGAAGAGUGAUGGCGGUGUGGCAAAGACCUCGGACCCUGACAAAUUUGUCCAUCUGGCUAUCAAGUCCAGUGAUUUGCUUUUAGAGCAUCUCCACGUCCUAGCGCAAGAAGCCCUAGAUCACGCGGACCUUCCCGUGUUGACCGCAACGCUGGGCGCGGCCGCUUUGCUGAAGAACAGUCUUUAUUGCUACGUCCAACAUGUUGAAGACACUAGCAGUAACGACAAAAUAUCUGCAAUGCAGGCGUGCUACAAACGCUACGUUACAAUGUCGGAGGCGGUCGCAGAAAGAGUUCUAGACUUACAUAGCCGUGUGCUAUCCUUGUAUAUCCUACAAGAUUCCGGAGGCAGACCUAUAGACGAGAACAAAAUGGUGCAACAAACGGGAACGCCUUCUGUUCAGGGUUGGUGGUUAUAUAUGAAUGGGAGUAGAAAAGACUUAUGGGACACGGUUCCGCCCAGGAUGGCGCAGAGGAUAUUUGCUGGGAUGUUGAAUGAAACACUCACUAUAUUGACUGUCCGAUAUUGCCAAACCAACACGACAUCAUCAACGACGCCCCUCCUAUUGAACGAUAUCUUAAAUAUCCUGCUCUGUGUCGCGCAACUUCUGCCGUCAAUAUGCACGAGCGGUUCUGACUUGGCCGGUUUAGACGUCAAGCUGCAGACGCGUGACGUCAGAGACGUCCACGCAAAGUGCAAUGAACUCUUUAAAUGUUUUGUCUAUAGGGGUGCUGAGCUGCAUUUUAUUCAUCAGGUAUUCAAGGAAAAUGAUUCAUUGAACGCCACAAAAGACGGUCCGUACCCAUGGUUCACAUUUGUCAGUCCCAAUCUGUUCGAUAUAAACCAUGACGUCACCAUACCCACUACACACUUGCCAGACAAGACAGCUAUAGGUCUGGAGCUGUUUGUCUUACUUGCACAACCGCAACCAGCCUGCUCAUUGGUUGUCAAGGUGCUGAUGAUGCGAAACUGCUACCUAGCCCGAAUGCUCCUCAUCCACGCCAUAAGACACAUGUCCAUAGACAACUCUCGAUGGCCUGCCGACGGUCUAUGGUACAGUGUGGACGGGAGGCCUAUGAAGUGUGAAGGGUUUUUGUGUACAGCUGAUGGUUUCUGCAAGUUCACUAAAGAUAAGCAAAUUGGGGAAGAAUUCGCUCGUACUGCUGGCGCCCUCACAUAUAUUCUGGCUACGAUAGGAAGUAAGGUGGAGUUGAAGUCUACUCUGUGUUAUGCCUUGGAAAUUUCUGGAAGAGACUGGGCCUCUUGUUUGGAUAAAAGACAGGUGUGGUGCGACCGUAGACCGCCGUGGUUGGCCGGAAUACUCGCAAUAGUGGGAUCGGCGCUGCAGUUCAUGCCUCCGAUAUUAGUUAACGCUGUGCAGAGCGGCGCUUCUAUGUAUCAGACGAUGUCCCUAUGUCUAACUUGCAUCUCCCGAUCGCUCGAUUGCGUGCCGCGUACCUUUAUGAACGCAUGUACAAUCAUUGAGAAAACUUUGCCUUCCCAUAUACACCCUGUGGGCGGAUCUGUUUUAUUACAACUUCUCAUCACUAUUUCCUAUGAAGAAAUGUUGAAUUGGGCCAAGAAAGAGACUUUGAAAGAACAGCAAGUAGCAUUAGCGGCCAAUGGCGACGCGCACAUGAGCCACAGGUCGAAUAAGCCAAGGAAACAUGUGAGGAUUGUCAACCUUGGUAACACAACGACGUCAAGUUCAGUGAGUUUCGACGGCAGUCAUAGUUCGCCUUCGUCUAUCGCUUUAGCCAUAGCCGAAGCUCUAUGCUCCAUAGACGAGGACCACAAACACACGCAAGAGAUAGAACUACUGGUGUCACAGUCUAAGAACACAGUCACGUUGUCCAACCAAUUCGGCCUGGAGGAUUUUCCUGAGUUUGCAGAGAUGUUUGAAGAGGGAGAUGUGCCAGGCGCGAACGCAGAGCGGACAAGUGAUGCAGCGGCUUUGACUACUCAGAUACUGAUGACGCCACCCGGCAGAGAUAGUCUUCGAGUAAUAUCCGACCAUUUACAAGUUCAUGCCGAAAGGAUACACAAGGAGUUAGACAUACAAGAAUCCAGUGAAGUGGAAGUUCCUUUGAAUAAGGCGCCGUUGCUGUAUAUCAUGUUCCAUAUUGGCAGGCGGCCUUUUGACCAGUUUCUCCGUGGCGAAUGGCCUAUGCCUUGGUCUAAAUUGGUUUCUAUGGCGAAAAUCUGGUCUGGUGUAGAAGGAGCGCGUGUCCACAUCAACAGACGGGACGAUAUACGAAACAUAAAGAGUCACGGGAAGUCCAAUAAGCAACUUAUUGAACUAUAUGGCAUGUUUAAGCCAUCUUCUGAAAGCGUGUUGUGAAAAAUUGAUUAAAAUCUCCAAUGUAAAUUUAGAGAUUUGAAUAAUCGCACGAAGAGAUAGCGAGAAAUCUUAAGGAUGAGCUACGAUUUUGUCCAGUUGAGCCAUAAAAUAUCAGAACCAUAAAUUAUUUAAUUUAUAUUAAAAAGUGUUAAAAUAUAUUCUAAUUAAUAAAAUAAUGAUGAUAUAUAUCACGAAUCCAGUAAACAUUCGUACAUGUUCUUAAAAAAUCGUAGUUUGAGAUUUGAAUGGCAAGUUCAGAUAUUACUAUUAUGUUCUCAUUGGAGAUUUUGAAAAUAAAAAAAUGACACCAAUUAAAUGUUCUUGUAGACAAUGAGAAAUUAAUAACGGCCAUUUUUAGAAUAAUUAACGCUUUUCAGUGCACUCAAAAAGUUAAAUUGAAAUAAACGCUUAUUAAAUUAA